AUGCCUUCACUUGAGUUACAACCAAGCUCUUCUCGAGCAGGGCAAUUCGAGGUGGCUCCAGGUGCCAAAGCCGACAUUGACCUCGUUGAGAGUGCCGGUGCCGGACAAGCCGCCACUUAUGAGGAGUCCGUUGCUGCUCGUCUCCCUAAAGCCCAUCGCGACUACUUACUGCAACGCCAUGGCACAUUAGAACUGGAUCCAAUUCCAGGCAUGGGCCCGGCAGACCCUUACAACUGGCCAGAAUGGAAGAAAAUGUCCAAUCUGAUCCUGGUAGCAUUCCAUGCUUGUAUGGGUACAUUUACAGCCGCCGCUAUCAUCCCCGCCUAUUCCGAAAUCGCCGCAGAGCUGGGAAUCCCUCUGCAAAAAGCGAGUUACUUGACUUCGCUCCAGAUCGCCAUUCUGGGAGGUGCACCCCUCUUUUGGAAACCCCUCUCCAACCGCUUCGGACGUCGACCUGUCUUCCUUUUGUCUCUUAUCUGCAGUUUAGUGUGUAAUAUUGGCUGUGCCAAGAGCACAACAUAUGCCUCUCUCGCAGCCUCUCGGGCCCUGGUGGCGUUUUUCAUCUCACCAGCAUCGGCCAUUGGUAGUGCUGUGGUCAUGGAAACAACCUUCAAGAAGGACCGUGCCCGCUACAUGGGUGUGUGGACCUUGCUCAUCACCCUGGGUGUGCCUACUGGACCUUUCAUCUUCGGUUUCGUGACAUACCGGGCGGGUUACCACUGGAUUUACUGGAUCCUGGCUAUGAUUAACGGUGCGCAAUUCUUCUUGUAUCUCCUCCUCGGCCCUGAGACCAGGUAUAUCGGCGGUGGAAUCGAGACGCAAGAGGCCAGCUGGAAGCAACAGUACUGCUCGCUUCGUCGUAUUGAUCCAACGCCAUUGACAUGGUAUGAAUUUGUCCGGCCCUUGACCAUGAUCCGCCACCCAUCUAUCGCCAUUCCUGCCUUUGCGUAUGCAAUGGUUUUCCUCUUCGGUAGUAUUCUGGCGACAGUUGAAGUGCCUCAGCUCCUGCAAGAGAAAUUUGAAUUAAACGCAGAGCAACUGGGUCUCCAGUUCCUUGGUGUUAUUAUCGGCUCCUUCAUCGGCGAGCAGUUGGGAGGUGUUCUUUCCGACCGCUGGAUGAGACGUCGCUCCCGCAGAAUCGAUGGCAAGGCAGACCCUGAGUAUCGUUUGUGGUUGAGCUAUUUCGGCUUCGCCCUGACCAUCAUCGGUGCCAUCAUUUUCCUCGUAUGCACACAGACUUCGCCCUCCGGUCAUUGGAACGUGACUCCCAUCAUUGGCACGGCCAUCGGCGCCGUUGGCAACCAACUUGUCACAACUGUGAUGAUCACGUACGCCAUAGACUGUUUCCCUCAAGAAGCUGCUAGUAUUGGUGUCUUCGUCACCUUUGUUCGUCAAAUUUGGGGUUUCAUUGGGCCAUUCUGGUUCCCAUAUAUGUUCGAUAAUGUUGGAAUAGCACCGAGUGCUGGUAUUGUAUCGGCAAUGAUCGUUGUGGCCAGUGUAAUUCCGACUAUCUUCUUGCACUGGCGUGGAAAGAGCAUGCGUCAUGAAGAAUAA